AGUUUUCCUCCAACUCUUUAAGUCUGAGACUGCUUUAUCGAAUCAACUCCUUCCACCCGCCGCCUGUACCGAUUCUACUCCUUCCACCCGCAUCCGCUGCCAUUUGCUGCCGCUGGUUCAGCCAGCUCUCCAGCGCCGCCAGUUCUCCCCUCCGAGAAAUGAAUGCGCCAUCUCCAGUCCACGACGACAAUGAUAAUGGGGAGCAGACUUUCAUAGAUGAAAGUGAUAUAAUUAACGAGUAUGAAAUCGAUGAUGAAGAACUCCCUGAUGCUGAUGAGGAAGGUGGCUCCGGUGGAGAAGAAGAAUUUGAUGGAGUUGAUGAUUCUGUACAUAUAUUCACUGGUCACACAGGUGAACUGUAUAGUGCUGCAUGUAGUCCAACAGAUGCUUCUCUAGUGGCAACUGGAGGCGGAGAUGAUAAAGGAUUUUUGUGGAGGAUUGGUCAAGGGGAUUGGGCUUUUGAAUUGCAAGGCCACCAGGAAACUGUAUCUAGUUUAUCCUUCAGCAUGGAUGGACAACUGAUUGCAUCUGGAGGCUUGGAUGGAGUAGUGAAAGUGUGGGACGUAGCAAAGGAAGAAUUGAAAUGUACUCUUGAGGGUCCUGGUGCAGGCAUUGAGUGGGUCAGGUGGCAUCCGAAAGGACACUUAGUCUUGGCUGGUGCAGAGGAUGCCUCAAUCUGGAUGUGGAAUGCUGACAAAGGGGGCGCUUAUCUCAAUGUUUUCUCAGGUCAUGGGGGUAGUGUGACCUGCGGAGAUUUUACACCCGAUGGUAAAAUAAUUUGUAGUGGUUCUGAUGAUGCAACUAUGAAAAUUUGGAACCUAAAAAAGCGGAAAUCAUUCAUGAUGUUAGGGGGUACGUUAUUUGGUUGGUUUUUGUUUUCAUUUUCAUCUAUGUGUGAAACUUGA